CGGAUGCAAAACAAGACCUACUUUGUCUUAAUCUUUGUAUUUAUGACUGUGAGUGGUUACCAUGGUAAACAAAUAUGAGAAAGAUUUCAGAUUUGAAUAUACUUUCUUUCCUUCUUCUUUAUUUUUUUUAAUGGAAGCUUAGCCUGAGAAAGUGUACUGAUGGAUAACUUCCAAGUUAUUAAAGUAUUAGGUGAAGGUUCGUUUGGCUCUGCACUCCUUGUCCAAGAUAUCGAGUUAAAGAAAUGCUAUGUUGUGAAGAAAGUAUCUCUGUUAAAUCUUAGUCCCCAUGAAAGGGAAGAAGCUUUAAGAGAAGUUAAAGUUCUUUCACAAAUGCAGCAUCCAAACAUCAUAAGCUAUCACAAGUCCUUUGAAGAAAACAACAGUUUGUACAUUGUAACAGAUUACUGUGAUGGUGGUGACCUGUAUUCAAAAAUAAGAGCAAGAAAUGGGAUUCAUUUUAGCGAGGAUCAGAUUCUUGAUUGGUUUGUUCAGAUAUGUCUAGCAGUUAAGCAUGUUCAUGACAGAAGAAUAUUGCACAGAGAUAUUAAAACUCAAAACAUAUUUUUAACAAAAUCUGGCAUAGCUAAGCUUGGUGAUUUUGGCAUAGCACGUGUCUUGAAUAACACUUCUGAUCUUGCUCGAACUUGCAUUGGAACCCCAUAUUACCUUUCACCAGAAAUUUGUCAGAAUAAACCAUAUAACAAUAAGUCAGAUAUAUGGUCUCUUGGCUGUGUCUUAUAUGAACUUAUAACUUUAAAACAUGCUUUUGAAGCUAAAAGUAUGAAGAAUUUAAUCUUAAAAAUAGUUAAAGGUUCCAUACCUCCUAUGCCUGAAUUUUAUAGCCAUGAGUUAAAAUCUUUAUUCACUCACAUUCUUAAAAGAAAUCCCCAAGAACGUCCAUCAAUUUCUACAGUAUUAAAAAAGCCCAUUAUUCUUAAACGCAUUCAUAAAUUUCUCGAUCAAUCAAAAAUAAAAGAAGAAUUCAAUAACAAAUUAUCAUAUAAGAAUUUAAGCGCUCUUUCAAAUAAUACUAAAUCUAACAAGGUAAAACUUACUGAUCCUGCAGCAAAAUAUGGUAUUUCAGUUGGUAGAAAAAAGUUACCAAAACAAGCUAUGAAAAAAAUUACCAAUAAACAUGAUGAAAUUAACUUAGAUAAGAGUAGAGAAAACAGUUCAAAUUUACAAGAUGUAGCUGAAAGUAUGCUAGAUAAUUCCUGUUGUGAGAAGAGUAACUCGGAAAGUCAUGUGAUAAUGGACACUGUUUCAAACAGCUUUAUGUGUAAAGAAAAUGUCCAGGUUUCAAAACAAUCUAUAGUGAGCCAACAAAAUUUAUGCAAUACAGAUUGUAGAAACAAAUCAAUCAUUGAACUGUCAUCAAUACAGUUAUGUGAAAAUUCUCAGAAAAUUGAUAUAAAUAGCCCAUUACCAUCUAAUAAUGUAUUACUUUCUCAAGAGCAAAAAAUUUCAUUUCCUGUUAUUCAAGAAUCAAGAAUGGGCCAAGCUGUGCCUGACUGUUUGGAGAAUACAUUGCAGAAUGCUCUUGGGGAUAUGAAUUUGCCUCUUAUAAGGCAAAAUCUAAUUGCUUCUUCAAGUGACAAGGGCUGUUGUUCUGAAGUUGCCAAGUCUAGACCUAAGUGGGUAAUAUCUAAUAUUGAUUAUUUUAAAGAUAUGCCUCUGGAAGAAACAGGCUCUAAAAUGGAAUCUACAUUACAUAAUGAUAAGGUUAUUGUGUAUCAAAGAAGAGCACAUUCUGCUCCUCAUUUAAGAAAAAAUAAUUUUUCAAAUAGAUCACAGAGAUCUAAUGUGCAAUGCUCAUAUUUAGAGUCAAAUGAUAGUGCCAUUUUUAAUAAAUUACAUCCAGUCAUGGACCAUUAUUCAUUUUUACAUUUGCCAAAUCAUAUAGAUAACAUAUGUGACGUGCAGUGCACAACAACUCCUAAAAGUGAACAAAUUGCUCCCAAAUGUCUCAAUGGCAUAAGAGUAUCUCAAAACAAAGAACUGCAAAAUAUGAUAAACGUGUCAUUGGUUAAGCAGAAAUGUGUAGGGAAUAAUAAUGAGGAAGUAAUAUCUAAGAAUUCUGAUGUUAAGGAAACUGUUGGAUUAUCUCAAACUUUUGUCGGUUCUGGAGUAACUGCAAAUAAUAUAACUAAUGAUAUUUUGCAAAUGAAAGGAACUUAUGUUAGAAGUCUCUCUGAGACUGAAAGUAUUCACAUUGUGAACACUGUAGUAAAUAACAGAGAGCUAGAAAAUUUAACUAGUCCAGACAAGGAAGAAACUAAUUUACCUAUGAUUUUAGAAAAUUCAAAAAUAAAUGAUGCUUUUAAAACAUAUUGUAUUAAUAAGCCAAAAGAGAUAGAAAAUGGUAUUGACAUUCAUCUACCAUCUGUUGAUGCAGAUAAAAUUCAAAUGCAAAAUAAAAAAAAUAAAACUUAUUCUGUUGAACAAAGUAUUAACUAUUCUAGAAUAAAUCAUUUUCACCUACCUACAUUACGUGAACAGUCCGAAACUCUUAGAAGUGAGGAAAACUUUCAUGAAACAGGUAAUGAAAAAAUGAGUAUUAGUAAUCUUGAAAAAAUGCCAGAAACAAUGUUCAGAAAGCAGAAUUCUAUAAAAGAUAAUGACAAGAGUUGUGACUCUUGUAAAUGUACUGUAAAAAUUAAUAAAACUGAUGUUGGUGUACAGUGUGAUCCCAAUGAAUUGCUUGUGUCCGUAUCCUUUGAAAGUAAAGAAUAUCAUGAUUAUGAUAGGCAGUAUUAUUCUUCUUAUCUACCUCAUGUACCAUCUAUGAAACAUAAAUAUUAUUCUUCACCAGAUUUAUCAAAUAUUUGUUAUGUGUAUCAAGAACAUUUACCAAACUCUGCAAGCAUUUCCUGUCUGAAAGCCAAAGAAUGUCCUGAUUCUACCACAGACCAUGAAGUUAAUAGUGAACAUUUUGAAUCUUCAGAACUAUUCAAAACUGCUGUUACAAGUGGAAAUGAAAGUAGUAAUGAAGAUGAAGAUGAUGAAAUAUUCUAUGUGUGUGAAUCCAUGAGAUCAAUAUUACGCCAAUCUCAGAUGUCUGAUAAUGGAUCUAUCAGUAGCUCAUGGUCUUUUGAUGAAACAACAGACAUUUAUAAUAAUUUGGAGCAACUUAGGGAAGAUAUAGAGAAAAAAGUGGGAUUGGACACUUUUUUAAAAGCAUAUAGAAAAAUGCUGUCAGUUUUUGAAAGUACUGAAGAUGAUGACAUUUCAGAUAAAAUGAAGGAAGUAGUUGCAAUGUUGGAUCCUGGCCUGGAAUAUAUAGCAAAUGACAUAUUACAUCUUAUGAUAAGAGAAGGAAUUUAUUCUAAUACUUUUGAUUCAUGAAAGUAUUUAUGUGUAUUAAUCAUCAAAUUUCAGUCAAUCUUUAAUAUAAAAUUUCUUCUUUCUGGUAAAAUCCAAUCAUUUUUUAAAUUUCAAAAAUAUAUCGUAUCAAUUUACAAUUGCAAAUAUUUUAUUUAUCUUCUUAAUCUUAAAAAAACAUC